AUGUGGGGAGGAUGGGGUCGAGAUGAUACAAAGUGCAGAACAAACCAAAUGGAAUUGAUGAAAGUUGCUGGAUCAACGAACUGGAAGAACAUGAAUGAGGUUCAAGAGUUCAGAAACACAUGUGAGAAUCUCCAAAACUGUAAUCCACGAGGAACAAAUGGGUUCGAUGCCCUUGAAAUCAAACAAAUGAGAACAUAUUGUGAGAGAAUGGUCUUCAUGCCCACAAAAUAUUCGAAUUGUAUUCAAAAUGUGAAUAUGAAAAACUCAAAAUGUUGGCAAAGUUACCAGCCGGCUCCAGGUUAUUCUUGUUUCAAUAUCUUCGGGUCGAAUGAUUGCGUGAAAAAUGAUAUUGUUGAAGUAUGUGGACAAGAAGUUUGGAACAAUUAUAGAGAUGAUAUGAUUGUCCUACUGACUGCCGCCCAUCCAUUAUGUAUCUUCGAUAGAUACCAGCAUUUAUAG